GAGCACUUUGAGGUCCUCUCUCUGCGACACACAAUACCUCUCAACCCAGACGCGGUAGGCGAGGUUACCUGUUGGGAUCCAGAGGCUCACAUCGUCUACCACGACCAAAACGCCGCCCAGCUGGCCAUCUGCGACGGCAUCUCCGGCCCCGCCCACACCCGCUGCCGCGCCUCGUCCCCCGUCACAGUCGGCAAGCGCGGCAGCGCCCAGUUCACCCUCACCACGCUGCGACCAGGCACCACCAUCGACAUCUCCAAGGUGCGGUGGGAGGAGUGCGUGCGGGCCGCCCGGGACAAGUGCCCUACGGGCAGCUUGUCGGGGGUCUGUCUGGGCGGGGCUUCUUGGGGGGAUAUUGGGUUUGUGCUGGAGAGCACGCUCUAUGCGAUGGAUCUGUGA